CCCACCGUGGCCGCACCGCACCGCACCGCACCAUCAGAAGCCCUCCUUUUCCUUUUCUUCUCUCCCACUGUAACAACCCACAAUACAGACACACGGCGAAAAUAUUGCAGUUCUAGAACGCUCAGAGUCAGAGAAAGUGAGAGGAGAGAUGGAAGGAGAAAGGAGGGUUGGAGUGGCCGUUGAUUUCUCGCCAUGCAGCAGAGAAGCACUGAAGUGGACGGUGGAUAGCCUUAUCCGAGACGGGGAUCACCUUAUCCUCGUCACCACCCUUCCCGCAGGUCACUACGAGGAGGGCGAGAUGCAGCUUUGGGAAGCCACCGGAAGCCCUUUUAUCCCUUUGAUCGAGUUCUCCGACCCUCUCAUCACGAAGAAAUAUGGAGUGAAGCCUGACCCCGAAACACUGGACAUUCUCAACACUGCUGCUCGGCAGAAAGGGGUUGUGGUGCUUUCGAAGAUCUACUGGGGAGAUGCUAGGGAGAAGUUAUGCGAAGCAAUUGAUGAUAUUCCUCUAAGCUGCCUCGUCAUAGGAAACAGAGGGCUCGGCAAGCUCAAGAGGGCUUUUAUGGGCAGUGUUAGCAACUAUGUGGUGAACCAUGCCUCUUGCCCUGUCACGGUUGUGAAGCAUUCGGAUCAUGAAUGACUGCAAAUGCAGCGCCUAUCUGGACUGCAUUUCUCUUUCUUGGUAAUGUAGGCUCCUAGUUCUAACAUGGGGGUCUUAUUGUUUGUAAAUUUAUCAUGAACUUGGAAUUUUAGUAUGCAUACAUAUUGGAGUGUGUGUAAUGUCUGUUGUGUAAGCUAAGUUCAAUGGGUAUGCUGGGGUUUACAGUUUGCUGCCCUUUGAGACUGUCCUGGAAUAAAUUUUGCUUUUGAACUUGACAAA